AUGACACAGCAGGUCAGUGGCUCACCUUUCCUGAAGCCCUUCUUUCUGAAGACACCUGUCAGAGUGGUCAGCCCUCUGCGACAGAGACGACACACACUCCCCGCCAGCGAGUUCAGGAACCUCACACCACAGGACGCCAUCAGUGUGUUUGAGAUUGAGAGAGAAGCAUUUGUUUCUGUGUCUGGUGAGUGUCCACUUACCUUAGAUGAAGUGCUUAACUUCCUGGGUCAGUGUCCUGAACUCUCACUGGGAUGGUUUGAGGAGGGACAGCUGGUAGCUUUCAUCAUCGGCUCUGGCUGGGGCAAGGAGAGGCUGUCACAGGAGGCAAUGACUCAGCACGUUCCAGACACCCCCACUGUGCACAUCCAUGUGCUGUCAGUGCACCGUCACUGUCGCCAGCAGGGCAAGGGCUCCAUCCUCUUGUGGCGCUACUUGCAGUACCUGCGCUGUAUACCAGGCCUCCGCAGAGCUCUGCUGAUUUGCGAGGACUUCCUUGUGCCCUUCUACCUCAAGGCCGGCUUCAAGGAGAAAGGGCCAUCAGCCAUCUCUGUAUCCCACAUGCAAUUCCAAGAGAUGGAGUACAUGCUCGGUGGGCAGGCGUACGCACGGCGAAACAGCGGCUGCUAGUCCCUGACCUCCCUACCCCAGCCUUCUUCCAUUUACUCACCUCUAACAUGGACUCAGGGCAGAUAUGAUUAAGAAAUCACAGCUGGCAGAUGGACAGAUAAAAGCACAAGGCCAUUUAUGCACCGGUGGACUGGGCUCAGUAAUGGUCCUGAUGUCAGCACCACAUUGAAUCCUCCUGAAUUAGGAAUGAGGACAGACCAAGAGUGGAUUCAUGCAGAAGAUGAACCAGUGUCUUUGCCGUUUAUUCUACUUCACAGGCAUCAAGUUUUACUCCCGCGGUCACCAUUAGCAUCUUGGCUUUUUGAGUGUAUUGUUAUUUCUCUAUUUAAUAAUUGUUAUUUGUCACAGUUUACUGUUUUUUAAUGUAAUCAAUUCAAUGACAAUUUUCAGUAUUACAUCUGGAGUUGUGUUGUAAAUAUUUGUUCUAUUUUUGUAAACCAUAUAAAUCAAAAGGUGUGAUGAAUUCAGUGAUAUUACUGCAAAAGUCAUGCAACCACUAAAAGUGCUUGGAUUGUUAAAUAUUGUAUUAAUUAUUGUAUAAUAUUUGUAGCAGAUAUUUGCUGUUUCUUCGUUGAAUAAAGUAUAAAAUAUUCAACAGGCAAUUUCUGGUAAUUAAGAGAAAGUCAGACCGUUUUAAUUUGUAGAUUUUUUUUUUUUUUUACUGUUGUUUUCAGUUACAUGUGAGUAGACAGGUAGCUAAAACACUACCAUGUUCAAAACAAUCAUCACUUCUUGAGAAGCAAUAAACAAAUAAAAGAAAACAUUCGAGUGCUCAGCAUAAUGUAACAAAAAUAUGGCAGUAGUUGGUACAUUUAUCAACAAGGCACAAAAGGUAUCAAUAUCUGAUUUUUGUCCCUGCUUUUGUAUGAGGUUGCCUGAAUAAUAAAAUCUAUGUUUCGAGUGUGAAUGUAAAAAAAAAAAGUCCUUCUCUCUGUACCAGUGCUGGCUUCACUAAUCCCUGCCUCAC